UUAUUAUUAUUAUUAUUAUUUUCCAACGCAUCACUUAUUAACUUCCUUCUGGAAGCAGCCAACUGUUUGAACUGUUUCCUUCACACGCCUACGUUUCUUUACUUCUAGUCUUUUCUUUCCUUCCUUCUAACUUCUUUCUCAUAUCUCAUUAAUUGUUUGUUACUACUACUCUAUUCACCAUUUUUAUACUACUACUACUACUGCUGCUACCCACGGGAGGAACGAACCAAGGUGUUAAUUGUUGUUGAUUGAUUUGAGGAAAGUAUGAGUGAGAACCUUAGGAAUGGAAGUGGGAGUUCCAGCUCCAGUUUGAGCAGCAGCUUUCAUGACACAGAGGAUGACCAAACCAUUGCAAACAUGUUGGCAGAAGACGAAACUCGCAACGCAGGAAACAGGCAGCUCGGGAAGCGCCUUUCCCACUUAGAUUCAAUUCCGCAUGCUCCCCGUGUUAAUGGAGAGAUUCCUGACGUUAAUGACGCAACACUAGAUCAUGAGACACUGUCAGAAAGGUUGGUUACAUAUGGCUUAUCUGAACUACAAAUGGAGGGUGAUGGGAAUUGCCAGUUCCGAGCCUUAGCAGACCAGUUAUUCCACAAUCCUGAAUACCACAAGCAUGUAAGGAGGCAGGUGAUUAAGCAGCUAAAGAAUCACAAAACAUUGUACGAAGCUUAUGUACCAAUGGAGUACAAAAGCUACAUAAAGAAGAUGAAAAAAUCAGGAGAGUGGGGAGAUCAUGUUACUCUACAAGCAGCUGCAGACCGUUUUGAAGCCAAAAUUUGCUUAGUGACCUCUUUCAGAGACACUUGCUAUAUUGAGAUCCUUCCGACUAAGAAAAAUCCCAAAAGAGAGCUAUGGCUAAGCUUUUGGAGUGAAGUGCACUAUAACUCAUUGUACACAAGCGGAGAUGUUCCUUCUAGACUACCAAAGAAAAAGUAUUGGCUCUUCUAGACAGAUGACAGAUUAGGAAAUCAUGAGAAGAACUGAGUUUAUAACGGAUAAUGCAUAAUAUUUAGCAAAUUAUCACAUUUGUACAGAUUAUAUUAUUUAAGCAUAGCUAAACUCGAUGGAUUUAUUUAAACUUUCAUUGUACAGUCUGAUUUCAUGACAAGUAGAGUGUAAAAUUUAUUUAUUUCCUCUUUGUCUUGGUUGUGUUGAGUGUUGAUGUGGGAGUUGUUUAUCAAGAGAGGAACUAUAACAAUCUAGAUUUAAAAGUGUGUUGCAUUAGUACCCUUCUGUAACAUAUAUUUUCAAGAAAUUUGAUGAGCAAAUGAAUGCCAAAAAGAUCUUUUGCGACUGUGAUAUA